UACCGUUGAAAACCGAAAGGGCUUCCCUCGAGUUUCGUGAGUAUGAGAUGACUCAUAGGACGUUUGUGGGUCUAAAUAAAAUAGUUCGGGUAUUUAAAGGACAAAUAUCUAAAUCUACGAAUUUCUCAGAAGGCACAGGUAGAAGCUAUUAUACAGUAUAACUAUAAGAAACACUGACUCUUGAAUGUGAGAUAAAGUGCAAUUUGUCACAGAUGAUGAUCGUUGAUUUCAUCUAAGCCUGUCAAGUCCUGUUUUUGUUGGUUGAUUCGAGUGUGCAAAACUUUAUAUUACCUGUGUAACAAUUUGUUACAACUUCACUCCAGAGGUUCGGAUUUCGUAUUUUUCUGUCAUCGUAGCAACAACGUUCGAUAUUCUUUAUCAGCACGAUAGUGUUAAGAAACCGAAUAUAAAAUAUUCUCAAAUAUGUAUACGAAUGAAACUGCCCCAGAAUCAAUACAGUUUACAGGAGCCAGCAAUAUUUUAUCUGUAGGAAAUGGAACAGAAGGUUCUACCACAACGACGUUCACAAACAUUAGUGGCCUUACAUCUGGUGUUCCCACUCGUACAACUCCUACUGUGACUCCUACAACCCUGAAGAAUAUUGAAACUCUCUUUGAACUACAGUCCAUCCCUCCAGCCCCAAUGGAACAUCAGCACCAGGCAGGGUUCGUCCCUCCUGUUGUGAACGUUUCAACAUCAUAUCAACCUGUUCCUGUAAUCAAGCAGGAAGAAGAUCCCGAGUGGAUGGCCUCGAUCCACAGCCAGUCUACCUGUAACAGCUUCUUUUCAGAAGAUUCACUAUCUAUGUCUCCUCCACCUGCAGUGACAACUACCUCGGCCUCUAAGCCCCGCAACUCAGGAGGCAGGAGACCCAAAAAUGAGAAGGUGUCACCAGAGGAAGAGGAAAGAAGGCGAGUCCGUAGAGAACGAAACAAACUAGCAGCUGCCAGGUGUAGAAAACGAAGAUUAGAUCACACAAACAACCUUUUAAAAGAAACAGAUGGUCUAGAGAAAAAACGACUGGCUUUACAAAAUGAGAUUCAGUUAUUGACAUCCCAGAAGGAGGAACUUGAUUUUCUACUGACAGCCCAUAAAGCCACAUGCAAGCUGGUCACCACACACAGAGCUGUUGAGAAUGGAAAAGGGUCAUCAGAUAGUCUAGUGUUAAGGAAUGGGCCUAACCAUUCAUGUGGUGAUGGAAUCUCUAUCAGAUCAAAGCCAGUUUCUAGGCCAACAUCUCUUCCAGUAUCAUCUACAUAUCUGUGCUCUUCAGAUCUUCCAACCACGGGGAUGUUCAACAUGGAUUCUCUAAUGGAAGGUGGGACCGGACUGACACCUGUAUCCUCUGGAGCUACAGCUGUGAUUUCAUGUUCAGGACAACAGAGGAACUCGGGUAGUGAAUUGUCCAGUCCAGACAGUGUGAAUCCUCCAAAACUGGUGUCUCUCUGAUCCAGUUUUUAAAAUUUUUUGUCUAAUUAUAUGAGCCUUUUAAGUUGUUGUCUUAGAUUUAGUAUUUAUAUCUUAAACUUCUGUCUGAGACUUCUCUAGAAUAGAAUGACUGUAAUAAUGGUUGAAACUAAUGUUUUAUUUGUCUUAUUAUGUUUAUUACCGAACACGCAUGCUAUAAGUAUUCUGUUUAUGAAUGUUUUCCUUUUUUUUUUGUUACUCGUAUUUGUUAUUAAUGUUAAGUUAAUCUAUACAUGUAUUUCAAUGAAGUGAUAAUUUCUUUUUUUUAUUAGCAGAUAAUGAUUUUUUCUUUAUGAUUAAAUAAAUUUGCAUUUGACUUAUUUAAAUUUGUAUUUCUGAAACUGAUUGCAAAAUGUAAACAUAUAAUCUAUAACAAUUCAUGGAUUUGUUGAAUUUUUGACAAUGGCAUAAUGUUUUAAAGUAAAUUUUAUUAAUAAUCUUGCACUCUUAAUAAAUGCAUACAGCUUCAUGUGUCUUUGAGUUAUGAUGGUUAUGCAUAUUCAUUCACCUUAAAAUAAUUUAUUUCACAUAACCUAAAUUCAACCAAUUGUUCACACUAUUUUAGCUGAAAAUUUAUAUGUGUUUUAUUGAGAAGUAGCUAUAUUUGUCUAUAGAUUUGAGAUUGUGUAUCACUGAUGAAAAUUUGUAACCACUAUAUGGAAUUAAGUUAAUUGAAGUAAUUAUAAAAGAAAAAAAUUCUAAUAUCUAUAAGUACCACAGUGUACAGCUACCUCUUCACAUUUUUCAUAGAGGAUGAAGUAUGAAGUUCAAAAGUAGAACAGGAUAUGGGUAAUAAAGCUUUUAAUUAAAUACUGAAAUAAAAAACGCUCCCUCAACAAUCUAAAUCAUCUCUCAUUCUAAUAAUGCACUUUGGUUACUUUAGUUACUCCAUUUGUUUAUAUGUUACAUUUACAUUACCUGUGCAAUUAAAUUUUGAUAAGGACAUAUAAAGAUGCAAAAGUAAUAUUUUUUUCCAAAAUAAGUGUUCAAGAGAUGUGGAAAGAAUUUUGAGUCAUAGGAAAGCAAGUAAAAAGAGAAGAAAUAAAAGCAAAGAAAAAAAGAAAGGGAAAAUUUUAAAAAUAAACUAUAUAUAUAUUGGCUAAUACAAUUUGGGGGGGGGGGGGGUUAGGGAAGAGUUUUAAAAGCCUUGAUUGAGGGUAUGGGAAACAAAUAUAAUAAUAUUAUAAAAGUUAAGAUUACUAUUGAAUACAUGUGGUUAAUGUAGUCAUAAUGUUGGCUCCUUGAAGUAAGAAGUCUAGUGAAGGCUUCUGUAAUGAUUAUAUUGCCUUGUUAAAUAAGCUUGAAGGGUGAUGUUUCAAGCAGAUUCCAACUUGAAGAUAAACAUUAGAAAUUAACAUCUAAACUCCAAAAAUAUCUCUCUCCCAAGUGUCUUAUCUGAAAAGCCUAUUGAUUGCUCUGUGAUUAAAUAUUUCUAGAUCGAAUUGUUUUGUCAUCGAUUUCAUAAAGAUAUUCUUGAUACUUCUUUUGUAUUCAGUAUAUAGAUGUCAGUCUGUCCAACCUUCACACAACUAAGCUCAUGGCAACAGUGAUGUUUCACUUCGCAGGUAUUUUGUUUCAGCAAAAUGUAUGAAGUUUGCCUUUGAACUCUAUUUCUGUGACUAUGAUAGCUUUUCACGGAUAUUUAGUUUCAUUAUGUUAUAUUCUGCUAGAUGAAUAUGGCUUGAAGCAUGUGCUAAAGAGAACAAGAUCUUACCUUAAUUUAUUAGAUAAAUGGAAAGAAGUAUAUUUUAUUAAAGGAUCUUUUAGUAACAAAAACCAAAAACACCAUUGAUUAGGGUAGUUUUUAAGCCUUAUAAAUUAAUGCUACUCUCCUGAUGAUACUUUUUAAGUGAGAUAAAGUGCAUGAAUAAUAUCUUUCCUGAAGUCAGAAGUUUUACUUUUUUGUAGAAAAAAAGUGAAGUUAAUGUGUUUGAAAAUGAAACGUGAUUGUGAGUGUUUAGUGAUAUAUUAUUUUUCAACCAUACAUUUAGAAGCAUGAAUAAAACCUACCGAACUUUAUGGUAACAGGAACAUGCAUCCUCUUUCCAUCUCCAUAAUUCUUUUAUUGAAUUAUUUUUGUUGUACACUCAAGCUUACAAGUAAUGACAAGAGAAAUGACUCUUUUGUAGUGGUUAAAUAGUUUGGGUUCAAACUUCAAACAAAAUAUUUAAGUUGUCAGUUAUCAAGAAAUUCUACACAUUACAUUUGUGAAAUGUACUAAAUAUUCUAAUCACACACAGAAAAUAAGAUUAUAUAUUUAUGAAUAAAGUUUUAUCUUAUUUUCUUUGUAAUUGAUUUUCUAAUCAGAAAAUUUUUGUUUGACUUUUUUUUUUUAUUUGCCUUCCAAAUUUAACCAUUAUGAUGGCAGAGUUUCGAAGUGAGGAUUUCAUCACUGAUAAUACUGUAGCUGCUAUACGUACGUUAAAUGUUAGGUAAUACAAAAGACAGCAUUUUUUAAAAUGUAUUGUUAUUAUUAUAGAACCAUAUAUUUUCAAUGAACAAAAAAUUCAUUUCCAAAGAUAUUUUGAAAUAAGGUAUAACUUAAUUAUUUUUUCUUUUACUUUGUGUAAAUAUAAUUGAAGUUAUUUAUUUUGUUUUUGUACAGAUAGAAAUUUUAUUUUAUGCUUUACAGAAAAUCAUAAGGAGGGUAAUUGCUAGCAGAAGUUAGGAGAUUAAUUUUCUGAGAUGUUUGUCUAUGUGUUUAUAAUUAGAAUAAGUAUGCAAUAAUAAGAAUGAAGUACGGUAAACUAUCUAGUCUGCGCUAAGCAGGACCAACAGUAUUGUGGAUUGUUGGUUUUCAUGAAUUAUUGAGAAAGAUAGUUUUAUCUUUUUUUUUUGUUAAGAUUAUUUCUUAAUCUGUUAGUAUAAAAAUGUUUAAGGGUAGCUACAUGGAAUGUAGUAAGUAAGAAAUGUAACUUGAGUUAACAGCAAAUCUUUGUAUGCUUAUUUUUCAAAAUGUUUUCUUUUUUAUCCUUACAAAUAUGAUUUCAUUCAAAUGUAAUAGAGAGCAUAAACAGUGUCCAUUGUAUGUAUAAUUAAUGUGAACUGGUUGCUGUUGGGGUGCAUUUAAGACUUUUAUAUCAAACCCUGUAUUUACUGCUAUCUAAUCCUUAGGGCUUUUGUAAGAUUGGAGCAUAUUUUUGUACCCUUGGACAAGAACAAUUUUUUAAAGAAUUUUCUAAUAAAGACAUCUCUACUUGCA